GGGCCAGCAGCGCCAGCUCGAGGCGGUCGCUAUUGGGCAGCUUCGGUGGUGGCGCCCUGGCCGGCGAUCGGAACCGAGGUCGCGCAGGACGGGGCUGCUGGCGGGGACCGGGCGGCCCCGAGGCCCGGCAGGAACGAGCUUUGACGUUCGAGGCUCCAGGCGCGGCCCGAGGUAAGCGAAGCCGCCUGCACCCCCACCUCGCACCCCAAGUUCAGCUUCUCACCCUCAGACGGCGCCAGAGACGCAGCGGGUCGCGGCCAUCGCGCCAAAGCGUAGCCCGGUUCCGUGGUUCCGUCUUCCCUUCGCAGUGCUCGCCCUGGCCACGCACGCAGAAGACGCUCACUGCUGGAGCCCUGAGCUGAACCUGGGCAGGUGAGGCAGGUGAGGCCUGGCCUGAGGCCGAUGGCCAACAGAUGGCUGGAGCCGCAGUGGCUGCUGGGCUGGCUCUGUGUGCUGCUGAUGACAGACACAGCGUCCGGGACCAGGAACCUGUCCACGGGGACAGCCCAGUUUCCAGCUCCAGGUGUCAGCCAGCCCCCAGCGGUGGAUUGUCGCCACGUGUACAGCCUGAACGCCUCUGACCGCUGUGACUUCAUCCUCGCCAAUCCCGACUGCCACAGUGACGGCGGCUACCUGGACUACCUCAAGGGCAUCUUCUGCUACUUCGCACCCAGCCUCCUGCUGCUGACCGUCACCCUCUAUGUCCUGUGGCUGCUGUACCUGUUUCUGGUUCUGGGAGUCACCGCAGCCAAGUUCUUCUGCCCCAACUUGUCAGCCAUCGCCACCACCCUCAAGCUGUCCCACAACGUGGCAGGUGUCACCUUCCUGGCCUUUGGGAAUGGCGCCCCCGACAUCUUCAGCGCAAUGGUGGCUUUCUCGGACCCGCGCACAGCCAGCCUGGCCAUCGGGGCUCUGUUCGGUGCCGGCGUGCUGGUCACCACCGUGGUGGCCGGCGGCAUCGCCAUCCUGCGCCCCUUCGUGGCCGCCUCCCGGCCCUUCCUCAGGGACAUCGCUUUCUAUAUGACGGCCGUGUUCCUCACCUUCAUGGCGCUGUACCUCCGCAGGGUCACGCUGGCCUGGGCCCUGGCCUGCCUGGGCCUGUACGUGUUCUACGUGGUCACCGUGGUCCUCUGCACUUGGAUCUACCGAUGGCAGAGCAGGAGAGCCCUGAUCUACUCCGUGCCCGGGUCCCCAGAGUUGCUGUCGGACUCAGAAGAAGACCACAUGUCUUCGAAUACCAACAGCUAUGACUAUGGUGACGAGUACCGGCCACUGUUCUACCAGGAGACCACAGUGCAGAUCCUGGCCCAGGCCCUAAACCCCCUGGAUUUCCGGAGGUGGAGAAACCAGUCGGUGUCCUGGAAGGUCCUCAAGGUGCUCAAGCUGCCCGUGGAGUUCCUACUGCUCCUCACUGUGCCUGUCGUGGACCCGGACAAGGACGACCGGAACUGGAAACGGCCACUCAACUGUCUGCACCUGGUCAUCAGCCCCGUGGUCGUGGUCCUAACGCUGCAGUCGGGGGCCUACGGCGUCUAUGAGAUCGGUGGCCUUGUGCCCGUCUGGGCUGUGGUGGUCAUCGCUGGCACCGGCCUGGCAUCUGUCACCUUUUUCGCCACCUCCAACAGAGAGCCCCCCAGGCUCCACUGGCUCUUUGCUUUCCUGGGCUUCCUGACCAGCGCCCUGUGGAUCAAUGCUGCUGCCACAGAGGUGGUGAACAUCUUACGGUCCCUGGGUGUGGUCUUCCAGCUGAGCAACACGGUCCUGGGGCUCACACUGCUGGCCUGGGGGAACAGCAUUGGAGAUGCCUUCUCGGAUUUCACGCUGGCCCGCCAGGGCUACCCGCGGAUGGCGUUCUCAGCCUGCUUUGGAGGCAUCAUCUUUAAUAUGCUGGUGGGCGUGGGGCUGGGCUGCCUGCUGCAGAUUGCUCGGGGCAGCUCAGAGGUCAAGCUGGAGCCCGACGGACUGCUGGACUGGGUGCUGGCCGGCGCCCUGGGGCUCAGCCUCGCCCUCUCCCUGGUGGCCGUCCCCCUGCAGUGCUUCCAGCUCAGCAAGGCCUACGGCAUCUGCCUGCUGCUCUUCUACGCUGCCUUCCUUAUUGUGGCCCUGCUCACGGAAUUUGGGGUGAUUCACCUGAAAACCGUGUGACUGAAGCCAUGUGGUGUGUGGCCGUGCCAUGGAGGGGUUCCUGUGGUCUCCCGAGAGCAGAACGGGACAGCUCCUACAGUGGCUGCAGCUCCAACGCUGGACCUGGGGCUGCUUGGUGGGGCUGCGUGCCCACAGGGCUGAACCCUGGGGCGACCUGACCGCCCUGGGGAAGCUGGGCUGGAGGCCACUGGAUGCAGUCAGGGCAGCAAGUGACUGUAGAGGUCAGCCCUGCCCCGUCCCUUGCUGGCUUCUGGCUGCCUGCACCUCCCCAGACUCUGACAGCUGUGUGACCCUGGCAGAGUCCAGGGACCCAGACUGCGGGCUCAGGAUGUGCUCUAGGGCCACAUGGGUGGACAAAGAGCAGACAGACCCACCCUGCUGUGAAUUUCCAGCUGUCACAGUCAUAAACCAGAAGAAACAUGGAUGGUAACGCAUGUCAUUGGACCCAGUGGUCCCAAGGCCUCUCACCUGGGCAGCCACGUGACUGGAUAGUGGCUCUGGACUGUCCUUGGGGCCCUGGACCCAGGACACCAGGUCUCCUGACUGCAACACAGGAGUCUGCUUAGCUCAGGGUGCGGGGUAGGACUCCCGCCUUUCAAUACUCAGUUCGGAUUUGCCUUCAGCUAUCGGAGAAGGGAUUCAGCAUUUUCUAAAUAAAAAUGGAGUUAUAUCAAGUGUA